GCCUGGAAGAAACGCUGGUUUAUACUGCGGAGCGGCCGGAUGAGUGGCGACCCAGAUGUUUUGGAAUACUACAAGAAUGAGCACUCCAAGAAACCCCUGCGGAUCAUCAACCUGAACUUGUGUGAGCAGGUGGAUGCAGGCCUGACCUUCAACAAGAAAGAGCUGCAGGACAGUUUUGUGUUCGAUAUCAAGACCAGUGAGCGUACUUUUUACCUGGUGGCUGAGACAGAGGCCGACAUGAAUAAGUGGGUCCAGAGCAUCUGCCAGAUCUGCGGCUUCAAUCAGGCUGAGGAGAGCACAGACUCCCUGAGAAACCUUUCUUCAGCCAGUCAUGGUUCCCGCUCUUCUCCAGCUGAGUUCAGCGGCUCCACUCAGCACCUGCUCCGAGAAAGGAAGUCCUCUGCCCCUUCACACUCUAGCCAGCCCACUCUGUUCACGUUUGAGCCCCCUGUGUCAGGCCACAUCCAGCCUGCCUUGUCCACCAGUGCACCUCAGGAGUAUCUCUACUUGCACCAGUGCAUAAGCCGAAGGACAGAAAAUGCGAGGAGUGCCAGCUUCUCUCAGGGCACCCGGCAGAAGAGUGAUACAGCCAUGCAAAAACUUGCCCAGGGCAAUGGACACUGUGUCAAUGGAGUCAGCGGUCAAGUCCAUGGCUUCUAUAGCCUUCCCAAGCCAAGCCGACACAAUACAGAAUUCAAAGACAGUACUUACGACCUCCCCCGUAGCCUGGCUUCACAUGGCCACACCAAGGGCAGCCUCACAGGGUCCGUGACAGAUACUGAGGAUGUGUACACCUUCAAGACACCCAGCAACACCCUGUGCCGGGAGUUUGGAGACCUCCUAGUGGACAAUAUGGAUGUUCCAACCACCCCUCUCUCAGCCUACCAGAUCCCUAGAACAUUCACACUGGACAAAAACCACAAUGCCAUGACAAUGGCCACUCCUGGAGACUCAGCCAUAGCUCCCCCACCCCGCCCCCCCAAGCCAAGUCAGGCAGAAACACCUCGGUGGGGCAGCCCUCAGCAAAGACCUCCAAUCAGCGAACAUAGUAGAUCUGUAGCUGCUACUAUCCCCAGACGCAAUACUCUCCCCGCAAUGGACAACAGCCGACUCCACCGAGCUUCUUCCUGUGAGACCUAUGAGUACCCAACUCGAGGCGGAGAGAGUGCCAGUUGGUCUGCUGAAUCUCCAGGGAAGACUAUUGUGGGUCGAUCAGACAGUGCCAGCUCUGAUGACAACUAUGUGCCCAUGAACCCAGGUUCUUCUACCCUGCUGGCUAUGGAACGAGCAGGGGACAAUUCCCAAAGUGUCUACAUCCCCAUGAGCCCAGGGCCCCAUCACUUUGACCCGCUUGGCUACCCAUCCACAGCCCUUCCUAUCCAUAGAGGUCCCAGCCGAGGAAGUGAGAUCCAGCCACCCCCGGUCAAUCGCAACCUCAAGCCUGACCGGAAAGCAAAGCCAACACCCCUGGACCUGAGAAACAACACUGUCAUCGAUGAGCUCCCCUUCAAGUCACCUGUCACCAAGUCUUGGUCCAGGGUCAACCACACCUCUAACUCCAGCUCCUCCCAGUACUGCCGCCCCAUCUCCACACAAAGCAUCACCAGCACAGACUCGGGAGACAGCGAGGAGAACUACGUCCCUAUGCAAAACCCAGUGUCUGCAUCCCCUGUUCCCAGUGGCACCAACAGCCCAGCUCCAAAGAAGAGUACUGGCAGUGUGGACUACCUAGCCCUGGACUUCCAGCCAGGCUCCCCGAGCCCUCACCGCAAGCCAUCCACAUCAUCUGUCACAUCGGAUGAGAAGGUAGACUAUGUCCAAGUGGAUAAAGAGAAGACCCAGGCCCUGCAGAACACCAUGCAGGAGUGGACAGAUGUGCGGCAGUCCUCAGAACCUUCCAAGGGUGCCAAGCUGUGAUAAAGGGGCCGCCAAGGCAGCUCAAGGGCCAUGAGGCAGCUGCUCAGAGCUGGCUCUUCUUUGUCACCUUCUCCAUCCCUCCCCACCCCUCCUCUCCUCUGUACCACUUUCAGCCUUUAAAGCACUCAACAUCAGGGACCCUGACCCUUCCCCUUGGAGGCAAGGCCCUGAUGGAGACACUCCUCAGCCACGUGGGGUCCACCCAUGACUUCUGUCAAUACUACUAGCUGUGCCUCCACCACCUUAGUUAGGAGCUGUUGCCAAAAAAGCCUCCUGCUUUGGACCCAUGUGUCUGCUGCUUGGACUCUUAGAGGGAGGGCUGAGGCUCUGAGCCAGGCUCAUGCCUCAUGUCUGCUCACCGCUCUCUACCCUCUACCUCAGGGCUGCUUCUCCAUCCCUCGAGGAUGAUAACCCAGGAAGCGGAGGACCAGCAGACUAAAGUAGACAGGGGCUUUCGCACCCCUGCUGUUAUGGGCAAGGGAAAGGCAAGGUGCCACAAGAAGAAAGGUUGAUAAUGAAGGUCAGAAGUUGCUUCGAGUGACAAAGAAAUUAGGUUCCCAGGAACAGAAGGGUAGCUGGUCACCUGCAAGGUGAUACCCAAUUAUCAGGCCAUGGGGACCCGCUGCUGUAGACUGGGAAGCAAAGGAUGAAGGGCAGCAGGAAGGAAAACUGGUAAAGACAGGCAACCAGGAACAACAAGGAACAGGGCUUGAGGUGACAAACCCCGGGGAUAGAGGAGUCUGCCACCUGGAACAGGCAGUGCUCUUCCCCGGCCCUGAUGGAGAAAUGAGACAGAGCUGGAAAGAGUAGGGGUGAUGCAGGGGCUGGGAGGCAGGGGGACCCUGGGACAGGAGGAGGGUGCUAGGCACGGAGCAGCACGGGCUAUGGCGGCGAUGGCACAGGACGCAGGUGUCUAGGAGGUAAGAGGUGCAGAGAUGCCUUAAGGGCUGGGAGGCAGGUUGUAGCAGGUGCAGAGGUGUGCAGAGGGCCUGAUGGAGAGCCCAAGGCCACGUGCUGGAGUGCAGCAGGAAGCAGAAGGGGGAGGAGCCAUACUUGAUCAAAUCUAGGCAACACAUGAGGAUCUGGGUAACGGCUUGUGCCUGAUAGAGACACCCUUGACCGAGGGCCAGGCCAGGUCUUUUUCUCAGCUCUUCUCUCUGCUGUCCUCAGCCCCAGGAGAGAUUAUCCCUCUCCUCCCAUGGCGUCAGAGACAGCAAGCAGACAUCACCUAAGGCUAAGACACGGCAGGGAGAUCGGAAUGUGUUGUGUGGAAAGUUGUUAACCAAUCUUCAAGCAUUUCAGAGAAAAUAGGGCAAACCAGCAUUUCAUUUUGUCUUAGAUGAACAGACCAUUUGUCCUCUAAAACUAGGACCUUUCGGCAACUAAAGGCACACCUCACCUCUCUCCUCUCGCGAUAGUCCUAACUAGGAGUCCCUCAGUAAUAGACCCUCUUCUCACAUUAGGAUGGAUCAUUUAAUUAAGUAAUGGUUGCCAAGCUCUGUGCUACAGAUGAAUCAUACCUUGUCCCUAACUGGAGGUCGCAAUCAGUGAGAAAAGUGGAAGCUAAAGACUACUUACAAGUACAGAGGAAGGGGAGGUGCUAAGGGAGACUGGGCCACAGGGAGGGGAGGCAUCAGGGAGGGAGCAGACUAAGUUAGGCAGGAAAGGUAGGCAGGGCUGGGUCCCUGGAGGAGCAGGGUGGGGGAAGCCUGAGCUUUGAGAACGGAAGAUGUUUGAAGGUAUGAAGCCAGCCUCAGAGGUGUGUGCUGUCACCUGGAGUGAAAUGGGGCUGUGGUUGGUUGCACUGAACAGGGUUACAGGGUACUUGGCUGGCUUUGCCCAUCCUUGUGGUGCCCUUUAAGACUCUUGAGUCCUGGGGCUCCCAUGUGGCUAAGCUUUUGACUGGUACUGCUGGGUUCAUAGCAGGUCCAGGUAUCAUGGUCUCAGCAGCCACCCCAGAGUGCAUUCUUUGAGUUGAGUAUGCCAUGUGGGUGGAACUGGCCGCCAUUUAUCAACACUGAGGUGUUCAAGUCUAGUUAGUCUUGCUCUGGUUCCAACCUUUGGAAAGCUGAACUCUGACUCAAAAUUCCCAGACUCUUAACCCAUCCUCCAACCCCCAAAUAGGAAAAGCCAAUUCCAUUUAAAAAAAAAUCCUUUGGCCUACCAAAGGUCAAAAUUCACACACACACACACACACACACACACACACACACACACACGGUGGCUGUCAAGGAAUGAGACCCCAGAACACUCAUCACCUCUUUGCUAGCAUAGCUCCCACAAGCACCUGUCCUGCAGCGACUCCUCCAGAUCCACCCUGCAAGGUUAAAGUGGAGGAGGAACAGUUUAGAAAGGAGAUGGCAUCUCCUUGAGACUUGCCAGUCUGUGAAAUGGGAUGGUCACAGUGAUGCUCUGUUGCUGUAAGGAGACCCUGUGGGAUCCUUUGAAGGUCUGGGUCACUGGGGACAGGCAGCACACAGAACAUUAGCUAGUCAACUCCAUCCUUCUCUAUCUGUAUUUUUCUGAUAGCUCUAUUUGACUCCACGAAAAUCAGCCCCAUUCCCAGAACAGAAGCACAACCAUUCUGAAGUUACCAGAAUGUGGGUUUGUGUCCAGUCUGCCUUUGGGCCCUCUAUCUUCCAGUGGCUAGAGUCCCAGCCACAGCUCCCUCCCUCCCUACAACAGAGUUUUACAGGCCAUGAGGGGAAGUAGCUCCUCCCUUCCAGUUGGGCCUUUGGCUGUAAGUAUGGGGAAGCAGGCUAACCUUAGAGGGCCAUCUUUCUGGGCUUGCCAGAUUUGGGGCCUGGGCCCAGCAGGAGAGCCAGACUUGACAGGGCACCUGGUGGUGAUUCGUGCCGUCAUGGUGUCUGGUGGUGUGUGUUCUUGUGUAAUCUGUUGGUUACUUGUGUCUUGAAACUUAGAAUCAUUUCACACAGUAUUGUCACUAUUUGUUGGGAAGAGAAAAAAUGAAGUAGAAGCAGCCUAGUCUUACAUUCGUGUCUUGUUACCAUUUAAGAUUGACAUUUAAUUUUUCAAAUCAUUGUUGGUGCCUAAUCACUUAAGUUAUUAAUUUAUUCUGUUUUCAAAAAAAAAUUUGUAACAUGUAUUUAUCUUGUGAGGUCUGGGGGUGGGGCGGGAAAUGUGUUCAAGUGAGUCAUGUUUUUGCAGUGGUGACAAAUGGUACAGGCCUGGAGCUUGCAGGUCCCUUUUUAUUAUGGUGUAGAAGCAGGGCAAUAAAGUCCUUUAGAAAUGCAA